AAGGGGGCGGGAAAUACAGGUUAUGGCGGAAGUGAGACAAAAUUGGCAAGUUGAUAAGCUAAACCCGUGGGUGUUGGGUAGCGGAAGUAUAGUAUACAAUAAUGUUUUUUGAUACUAAAAUGCUGGUAUUUAGUUCGUAGUGAAUACACCCUAUAACAGCACUACCUAUCGUCUAUUUUCAAAUCACGACUAGGUUGUGAACAACCAAGCAAAACCAGUAGCUAGCAAGCUAUCUGAGUAGUUAGCGUUAGCACUAACUAGCCUAGCUAUCUCCAAACAGGGUUGGAUUUGACCAGUAGAUUUAACAAUCGCUAACGUUGAUUUGUUUGGUGAAGUUGAGGUAAAAUGUCGAUUCAGUACGAGGAGCCUGCAUUGGCUCGGAAUUAUGGUGUUGUGGACUCUUUCCCAAAGGAUUUUGGCUACGGAGUAGAGGAACCAGAUAUCGAGGAGGAGAGCACGACAUCAGGUGACAGUAAACCAAGGAUCCUGCUGAUGGGAUUGCGGAGAAGUGGAAAGUCAUCUAUUCAAAAGGUUGUAUUCCACAAGAUGUCGCCUAACGAGACGCUGUUCUUGGAGAGCACCAACAAAAUCUACAAGGAUGACAUCUCCAGCAGCUCUUUCGUCAAUUUUCAAAUCUGGGACUUCCCUGGUCAGGUGGACUUUUUUGACCCUACCUUUGACUAUGAGAUGAUCUUCAGGGGCACGGGGGCUUUGAUAUUCGUCAUUGAUGCUCAGGAUGAUUAUGUUGAAGCCUUGGGGAGGCUACAUCUCACAGUGUCCAGAGCCUACAGGGUCAACCCAGAGAUCAACUUUGAGGUGUUUAUCCAUAAGGUUGAUGGCCUGUCAGACGACCACAAGAUAGAAACCCAAAGAGACGUCCAUCAGAGAGCCAACGAUGACCUGGCAGAUGCCAGCCUGGAGAAGCUUCAUCUCAGCUUUUAUUUGACCAGCAUCUAUGACCACUCUAUAUUUGAGGCUUUCAGUAAAGUUGUCCAGAAGCUCAUUCCUCAGCUACCAACAUUGGAAAACCUUGUGAACAUUUUCAUAUCAAAUUCUGGGAUUGAGAAAGCCUUCCUGUUUGACGUGGUCAGUAAGAUUUACAUCGCCACCGACAGCUCCCCUGUGGACAUGCAGUCAUACGAGCUUUGUUGUGACAUGAUCGAUGUUGUCAUUGACGUCUCUUGUAUCUAUGGCCUGAGGGAAGAUGGAAAUGGCAGUGCAUAUGAUAAAGAGUCUUUGGCCAUCAUUAAGCUCAACAAUACCACCAUACUCUACCUGAAAGAGGUCACCAAGUUCCUAGCCCUUGUUUGCAUCCUUAGAGAGGAGAGCUUUGAAAAGAAAGGUUUAAUAGACUAUAACUUCCAUUGUUUCCGCAAAGCCAUCCAGGAGGUGUUUGAAGUGGGGUCCUUGACACAGAGGACAGGCAGACUACAGCCAAGUUCGUCCAACAACAGCUUGUCCAGCGUAAAACUUGGUGUAUUAAACGGAAGUGCUGUUUAGAGGAAUGUAAGAAAAGCAAAGAGGUUUGGAAUGCCUAGGCCACUGAGAAUGGACAAGUAGUAAUGGUCUAUUUUACUUGGAAGGCUAUGGACCAUCAAAGGUGACACAGGGAAAAAGCAGGAAAAACCUUGAAAAAUAACACUUGGGAUGGGGGGAUGCUGUUCUGUGCAAGGAUUGGAAAGGGUAAAAACACGCUGCAAUGGACUAAACACUGAACAGAGUUGAAGCCAGCAAGCACAUCUAUUUUAAGCACCUCAAUGUUUUUGGGUUGCGUCUAAUCACUUAUUUGACCAUAAUGAUUAUUUUUGCUACAAACAGUUUUACGAGUAUCAAGAUGACAAUGUCACCAUUGUGGUCUUCCUCAGCACAAGUCAUUUAAACAGGGCACUAUCUGUGUUUUCCCGCUCUUAUUUCAGGCAAGGUUCAACAGGAAGCAAUGUUGGAAAACAAAUUAAUUAGGAAGCCUGCAUUGAAACAGUAAAUAUCACUACCAUUCAAAACGUUUGGGGUCACUUAGAAAUGGACAUUUCCUUGUUUUUGAAAGAAAAACAUGUUUUUUUGGCCAUUUAAAAUAACAUAAAAUUGAUCAGAAAUACA